AGCUCUGGAAGUACAGUUGCUGUCGGUGGCUUUGAGCACUGAGUUGGCGGGAUUGUUGCAAGAAAGGAGUGUGUCCAAUGUUGCUAUUAAAAUAGGCACAUCGCGGCUACAGCGGGUGACGCACACUCGCUACGGAUUUCAAGCGCUUCUCGUUUUACCGAUUGAUUUCUCAUUCCCGAAGGCUGUUCCUUCUCGUUGUCCUCCAUUAUUCGGGCUGCGGUUUUGAAACCCGGGAUUGGAGCAGGCCAUUUUGAUAUUCGUAGGACCAGAGCUCUGCAGAGUUGUCAAAUCAGAGCUUAGGGAGUACGAAAGGCAGGAGCCAUGAAUGCCCCGGAUCGAUAUGAGCGUUUUGUGGUGCCCGAGGGCAUGAAAAAAGUAGCUUAUGAGAGAGACAUGAAGAUCAUGAACGCCGCAACUUUCACAAUCCAGCGAGAGGAUCACACCAUCGGGAACGUUAUUCGCAUGCAACUGCACCGAGAUCCGAGUGUUCUCUUUGCUGGAUACAGACUCCCUCACCCCUUGCAGUACAAGUUGGUCAUCAAGAUACAAACGACAAGCCAAUCUUCCCCCAUGCAAGCAUACAACUUAGCUGUGACAGAUCUUGACAAGGAGCUUGAUCAUCUGAAACAAGUUUUCCAGGAGGAGAUAGCUCAGAAGCAGUCGGAGUAUUACUAGUGAGUGGAGCAUCGAAAUUUCCAAUCUCACAAGUGCGCAUGAACACGGACCUUAUCGGAGAAAUGAGCAUUAUUCAUAAUUUUCACGUAGAAUAUCAACACAUAUGUACAGUUUUGUAGGCGUAAUAAAGGACAUGAUGAAAGUAUACGUACCUGAAGUCUUUUG